UUUUAAAUUAUCUUCCAUAAACGACACCGUUUCCUCACAUUUCCAAAGUCCCAUCUUCAUCUUCUUCGUCCUCUCAUUCUGUGACUCUUGUUGCCUUCACUCUCUCUCUCUCUCUCUCUCUCUCUCUCUAGAAAAUGGUGACCAUGAGCUCACUACCAUCACCACUAACGUAUUCUCACUCACACGCUCGCUGCCUUCGCUUCCUCUCAUCAGUCUCACUCUCACUCCCAAUUUUCCACAAAUUCAAAACCAGCCCCAAACUCUUCACCAAAUCACCGAACCCACCAAUCCUCACUGUCCGAAACUGCGGUUCCAUCACAGCCAAGCCAUCCUCCGAUAUCAGAAGAAAGAACCGUACCGGUUCGGAACCGGACGAGAAGCUGCGGAGGCUUCGGGAGCUCUUUGUGAAGCCCGGGAUUGACAUCGACGCCUAUAUCGUUCCCUCUCAGGACGCUCACCAGAGUGAGUUCAUUGCUGAAUGUUACAUGAGGAGGACCUACAUAUCAGGGUUUACUGGUAGUGCUGGUACUGCUGUUAUCACAAAGGAUAAAGCAGCUCUUUGGACAGAUGGGCGUUAUUUUCUCCAGGCUGAGAAGCAGCUGAAUUCGUGUUGGAUUCUCAUGCGGGCUGGUAAUCCUGGAGUUCCUACGACUAGUGAAUGGCUUAAUGAUGUUUUGGCUCCUGGUGGUAGGGUUGGCAUUGAUCCUUUUCUUUUUUCUUCCGAUGCUGCGGAGGAACUGAAGCAGGCAAUUGCAACAAGGAAUCAUGAGCUGGUGUACUUACAUGAUUUAAAUCUAGUGGAUGAAGUUUGGGGAGAAUCACGGCCUAAGCCUCCUAAAAAACCAAUCAGAAUACAUGACCUAAAAUAUGCUGGUUUAGAUGUAGCGUCAAAAUUGUCUUCGUUGAGGUCUGAACUUGUUGAUGCUGGUUCAUCUGCAAUUGUUAUAUCAGUGCUUGAUGAAGUUGCUUGGCUGUUGAACUUGAGAGGAAGUGAUGUUCCCCAUUCACCUGUUAUGUAUGCAUACUUAAUUGUUGAACUUGAUGGAGCAAAAUUAUUUAUAGACAAUUCUAAAGUCACGCCAGAGGUGAUGGAUCACUUGAAGAAAGCAGGCAUAGAGUUGAGGCCAUAUGAUUGUAUUCUUUCUGAAAUAGAAAUUUUGGCAGCACAAGGGACUCACCUUUGGUUGGAUACAUCUUCUGUUAAUGCGGCCAUUGCCAACACCUAUAAGUCUGCCUGUGACAAAUAUAUGGGGAGCCUUGGGAAUAAAACCAAAGGGCAGAGUAAGAUCUAUGAUUGCUCCAAUGGUCAGUCUGGUGGACCCACUGGGGUGUAUGGAUUAUCCCCUAUUUCUCUGGCAAAGGCAGUGAAAAAUCAUGCAGAGCUAGAAGGGAUGCGGAAUUCCCAUUUAAGGGAUGCUGCUGCUCUAGCACAAUUUUGGGUCUGGGUAGAAGAUGAAAUUCAUAAGGAUGUGAAAUUAACAGAGGUGGAAGUUGCAGACAAACUCCUGGACUUUCGUUCCAAGCAGGCUGGUUUCAUUGAUACAAGCUUUGACACAAUAAGUGCUUCUGGUGCAAAUGGGGCUAUCAUACACUACAAACCAGAAACAGAAAGUUGUGCUGUUGUGGAUGCAAAGAAACUCUUCUUAUUGGAUAGUGGAGCUCAGUAUGUUGAUGGUACUACUGACAUAACCAGGACAGUGCAUUUUGGUGAACCUACUGCACGACAAAAAGAAUGCUUCACUCGAGUUUUACAGGGUCACAUAGCUCUUGAUCAGGCAGUUUUCCCUGAAUCUACCCCAGGUUUUGUGUUGGAUGUAUUUGCUCGUUCUUUCCUUUGGAAGAUCGGACUUGAUUACCGGCAUGGAACUGGACAUGGAGUGGGAGCUGCAUUAAAUGUUCAUGAGGGCCCUCAAAGUAUUAGCUUUAGAUAUGGAAAUUUGACCCCCUUAUUGAGAGGCAUGAUCGUCAGCAAUGAACCUGGCUAUUAUGAAGACCAUGCCUUUGGUAUUCGAAUUGAGAAUCUCCUUUAUGUGAAAGAGGUUGACACACCUAAUCGAUUUGGAGGGGUUGGAUACCUGGGAUUUGAAAAACUUACAUUUGUCCCCAUUCAGAGUAAAUUGAUUGACUUAUCUUUGCUCUCUGCUGUGGAAGUUGAUUGGCUCAAUGACUACCAUUCACAAGUGUGGGAAAAGGUGUCACCGCUGCUGGAUGGUUCUGCUCGUCAAUGGCUUUGGAACAACACACGGCCACUUGUCAAACAGUGAUGUUCAGCUUAGCUUUGUUCUUUGUUGUUCUUUAAUAAUUGAAGAGUUUUCUUUCAUAUUUUCCUUUAUACAUGUAAUGUAGAAACCAAACAUUGUUUAAAAAGAUUAUAACUUGUACAGUACAUACACUGUAGGGAUUAGUUUCUUUUUUUUUUUUUUUUUUUAAAUAAAAAACUACUGAGAUUAUUCUCAAGAUGAAAUUUCAUUCAAUUGCUGUUUUAGAA